AUGAGGGUUGCCAUCGCUUGCCUUGUUCCUGGUGCUCUUGCCUUUCAAACGUCUACAGGACAGCAUUCUUUGUCUCGGACGACGUUACAAAGAACACCACCACCACACCCUCAUCGUCGAUUGCAUGCCUUUGCCAAUCCAUUUGAAGCACCUUCUUUCCCUCUGCCGAAUUUGCUCAAAUUGUCGUCAUCAGCGAAUACGUUGGCUGAGAAAUUCAUUGCAGCUCUCAAUGAGAAACGAAUUGAUGAUGCCAUGAUGCUUGUCGGGGAAGAUGUAAAAUUCAUCGAUACCGACUUUCCGUCACCCUUUGAAGGCAAGGAAGAACUGGAAAAGGUCCUACGUCUUGCCUCGAGUCCCACGAGUGUUGCUAGCAAAUUCAUUAUUGACGAUGUUGCCGUGGACAAGAACAAAAAUAAGGUUGGUGUCCAAUUUCAUAUGGAAACUGACGGACAAAGGGGAAAAAUUGGAAAUGCUUUCUUCAAGCUGGGUGAAUCUUCUGGUCUAAUAGAAGAGGUAUUCGUGUUUAGGGAGCAUGCCAAAUCUGGUGAAACCAAUUUGAAGAUUCUACGAGGUGCAUCUCAAAUCAUUGCCUUGACGCAAGACAAAACAGCAGAAAUCAAAACUACUGCAGCCUCAUCAUCUGCUGUAUCCGGUUCUUUGUCACCACCAGAACAAUACUUUCAAGCAUGGAACGAACGAGACAUUGACAGAGCGUGCUCUGUCUUUGUAGACCAUGUCAAAUAUGAUGAUACCCAAUUUCCUGCUCCUUUUAUGGGCAGAGAAAAGCUCAAUGCUCACUUGACGACGUGUUCUGAAUGUAUGCUACCUUCAAUGUCAUUCGAGGUCGACGACACCAUUGAUGGCGGAGACAAGUUCAUGACACGAUGGCACGUGGAUAACAAUGGAGAUGCAAUGCCCUUUAGUCGGGGUUGUUCGUUCUACAACAUCAAGGGAGGCAAAAUCAUUACGGGCGUGGAUGUCGUCGAACCAGCCGUGUUCAAGUUGGGAGGUGUUUCAUUGCUCGCCAAUAAAGUUCUAUCGGAACCCAUUCGACUAGUCCCAGCAGCUGCAUGGCUUGUCUAUAUGUACGUGGUCUUCUUUUCGGAUUGGUUUUUCGGUUUGCCGGCCACUUCAUUGGAGCAACGAACUUGGGAAGAAGUCCGAGAUCUUUCUUUAAACUUUUUCUUUGUCAGUCCCAUUCUGCAUCUUCCAUUUGCUCCAGUGGUCCAUCCGAUGCUCGAGGGUGUCUUCAAUCUCUUGCUUUCCUGGGCAGCCAUGUUUGCUGGCUUCUUGAGUGACGAACGCAAAGAAAAACCAAAUCCUCUUCCAAUGUUGCCCAUUGUGAUUGGCAUGCAAUUCUUGACGUCUGCUUUCUUGCUACCCUUCUUGGCAACACGAAGUAACGAAGAGGAGUCACCAUUGGUGUACCAAGAAGACCUUUCCAUUGUAGCCAAAGCCACCGAAAGCCCGAUUCUGGGCAUUGCAAUGGGAGGCGUUGGAACUGGUGCCAUCUUUUGGGCCUUGUUUGCCAGAAUCCAAGACUUUGGAUGGGACACUCGCCUUCAAAGCUUCCUUGAUCUACUCAGCAUUGAUCGUGUCGGAUCAAGUUUCUUGGUGGACUUGGCAAUCUUUGCCGCUUUCCAAGGCUGGCUGGUAGAUGACGAUUUAAAGCGAAGAAAUAUGGAUCCCGAUGCUCUGCUUGGGAAGAUUUGCAAAUUUGUUCCGUUCUUUGGCAUGGCAGCCUAUUUGACAUUGCGAGAUCCCUUACCACAAAAUGGGAUGAGAGAAUUGGAAGAAUAA